UGUUACUGACACAAAAAAUUCACUCCUGGUAUUAGAAGAACCGACAGUUCACGAUAGUGGUACUCAUUCUUCUUUCCCUUCGUCCAUGAUGAUCAGAUUACACUGGUUCACCGUUCACGGUGUCUACCUUCUCACACAAUUUGCUCUCUUGGUAGCCGGCUUUGUAGCUUUUGUUUCAACACCAUUGGUAUUUGAUCACCCGAUGCCGCCGGGAGUGCCUUGGGGAGCUUUCGCUUUAAGCGGCUUCUCACUCUUCGCCAACGGCAUCAUUGUCAGCACAGUCUUUUCGUCCCAACAACCGAAUGCUCUGAUGACCGACGAGAGUCGCAUGAAUAUCCGCCGUGCGAUACUCCUCGUCAGCGCCUUAUUUGCAGCAAGCUUCGCCGCCGCGGACUGGGCCUUUGCUGUAUCGCUUCGUAAAUACGGAUCAAUUUGGUCUGAAAGGGCAGCCAGCGGUGUAGCUGGGGUGGCUUCAUUUGUGGCGCUCGCUGCUUUGGUGGUAGACAUCUGGAAAAUUUGUGCGGAUGCCUCUGAAGCUCGGUCUGCUGAAUUAUUUGACCAAGAACAGCUUAACGAUGUAGAGCCGUUUAUCGAUAUUUGAAGAACCCAAGAGGUGUUGAAAGGCUAUGCUAGGUCAACAUGAAGCGUUGGAACGCCAACUAUUAUUCAAUUGUUAGGUAGUUGGCAAUAUGUGCAACGCAAGACUUGCUUUCCAAUGCAUAAUCUUCAUUGGCACUAAUAUCACGACAUCAUCAAGAAAGCAUGCUACAAAAUCGUUGUUCCCUCAGUUUCAUGCACGUGGAAUGAUGAAUGGAAGAAUGACUCUAAUUUUGUGCCGCAGCGAUGGGAAAUCUAUUGCUGGAUUACCGUCCAUGUAUCCCGCAACUACCCCGAAGACCGACA